CGGGAUCGGAGACUGGGGAGACAUUCAAACAGAAUCACGCGUCUCGCCGUCGUCGUCACUCUGGGUGAAGAAGCAGAAAGAGCGGAACCGGCGGGCGGACUGUGAGCGGCAGUGCGCGAAGCUGCCGGGUCCUCGACUACUAUCUUCCUUCGUUUCUAUAAGUAAACGGCUGAGUAGCUCAAGCCAAAGCCAGCCCCUGCAUUCUCCGACUCUCCCCUCCGUCCCUCUACAAUGCUCGCGUCUCUCAGAAAGGCUGGCUCCGUCGCUCGUGCCGUCUCUGCCAGUCAGAAACGCUUCCUCUCUAUUCACGAAUACCAGUCAGUAAACCUGCUCAACUCGUAUGGCAUCCCGACGCCCAAAAGUAUCGCUGCCAAGUCCCCGGAGGAGGCCUACAGUGUUGCCAAGAGCUUCGGCCACAGCAACUUGGUGAUCAAGGCUCAGGUUCUUGCCGGAGGCCGUGGCAAGGGCCACUUCGACAGUGGCUUCCAGGGUGGUGUCCACAAGAUUGACAGCCCGGAGCAGGCUCAGGAGUACGCUGGCAAGAUGAUUGGCGCUAAGCUCAUCACCAAGCAGACCGGUGCCGCUGGUCGCGUCUGCAACGCUGUCAUGCUUGCGGAGCGCCGCGAUCCUUCGCACGAGUACUAUGUUGCCGUUUUGAACGACCGUGCGUCUCAGGGCCCGGUGCUUGUGGUGUCGAAUCAGGGUGGCAUGAAUAUUGAGGAGGUCGCGGCUAAGGACCCCAAUGCCAUCAUCACCACCCCGAUUGACUUUGAGAAUGGCUUGAGCCAACAAACUGCUCUCGACCUCGCUAAGAAGCUCGGUUUCAGCGAGGCCGCUCAGAAGGAGGCCGCGGGGAUCUUUGUCAACUUAUACAAGAUCUUCAAGGACAAGGAUGCCACGCAGAUUGAGAUUAACCCUCUGGCAGAGACGGCUGAUGGCCGCGCUCUUUGCAUGGACGCCAAGUUCGGAUUCGACGACAACGCUGAGUUCCGUCAGCAGGACAUCUUCGCCCUCCGGGACAUCUCGCAGGAGGAGCCAUCUGAGGUCGAGGCCCAGAAAGCUAACCUGAACUUCAUUAAGCUCGACGGCAGCAUUGGCUGUCUCGUUAACGGUGCUGGUCUGGCCAUGGCUACCAUGGACGUCCUUUCUCUCCACGGUGGCCAGCCCGCCAACUUCUUGGACGUGGGAGGAGGUGCUACCCCCGACACCGUCAAGAAGGCGUUCGAGAUCCUGCUCACCGACCCCAAGGUCAAGAGCAUCUUCAUCAACAUCUUCGGUGGUAUCAUGCGGUGUGACUACAUCGCCGAGGGUGUCAUCAAGGCAACAAAGGAGCUCUCUUUGGAUAUCCCCCUCGUCGUCCGCCUGAAGGGCACUAAGGAAGCUGAGGCCAAGCAGAUGAUCAAAGAUUCUGGCCUCAAGAUCAUUCCGUUCGAUGGUUUAGACGAGGCCGCCGAGAAAGCUGUCCAGCUUGCGGUCUGAGUUUCGGAUAUAUACCUCCAUAGACCCGAUCUUGAUGGCUGUUUUUAUCAGUAGCAUAUAACUUAUCAUUGGUUCUUUUUCCACUUGCCAACGCACGCGUGAAUAUGUCACAAGUAAAAUGUAUAGAAGUUACGGAACAGCAUACGACUACACUACUAG